AUGGCACCUGCGGAAGGGGUAAGCCGUUGUCCGAUGGCAGCGUCGCGGCUCGAGCUCAACCUGGUGCGCCUGCUGUGCCGCUGCGAGGCGAUGGCAGCCGAGCGGCGGGACCCCGACGAGUGGCGCCUGGAGAAGUACGUGGGCGCCCUGGAGGACAUGCUGCAGGCCCUCAAGGCUCAGGCCAGCAAGCCCGCGUCCGAGGUGCUCGGCGAGUACUCACGCAAGGUGGACUUCCUGAGAGGCCUGCUGCAGGCCGAGAAGCUGACCUCGCCGUCCGAGAAGGCGUUGGCCAACCAGUUCCUGACCCCGGGCCGCGUGCCCACAACAGCCCGGGAGCGCGUGCCGGCCACCAGGACGGUGCACCUGCAGUCACGGGCACGCUACACUGACGAGAUGCGCAGCGAGCUGCUGGGCACGGUGCGGCCCGGGGACCUCGCGGAAGUGGACGUGCGAAGGCGGAGCGGCGCUGCGGGACCCAGGGCGGCUGAUGAGAAGCAGUCGGCGGCCGAGCUAGACCUGGUCUUGCAGCGGCAGCAGGCCCUACAGGAGAAGCUAGCCGAGGAGAUGCUGGGCCUGGCCCGGAGCCUCAAGAGCAACACGCUGGCCGCCCAGAGCGUCAUCAAGAAGGACAACCAGACCCUGUCGCACUCGCUGAAGAUGGCCGACCAGAGCCUGGAGAAGCUCAAGACGGAGUCGGAGCGGCUGGAGCAGCACGCGCAGAAGUCAGUCAACUGGCUGCUCUGGGCCAUGCUCAUCGUGGUCUGCUUCAUCUUCAUCAGCAUGAUCCUCUUCAUCCGCAUCAUGCCCAAGCUCAAGUGAGGACGGCUGGGGCCUUCUCUGACCGCCGCUGGACGCCCCGGACCCCCUGGACCCCCUGGA